GAGAAGCCAACCCCAGUGGCAACGUGGCAACCCGUGGCGCGUCGCAAUGGCGGUCCGUGCCAUGCGCGCCGUCCGCAGCCGCGGCGUCCGCAGUUUUGUGCGGGGCAUCACGGUGGAAGCCAUGAGGCUGAACACGCCAUUGAAGGAGAUGGACCCCGAAAUCUACAACAUCAUCGAAGCUGAGAAGGAUAGGCAACGCCGUUGUGUGAACCUCAUCGCCUCCGAGAACUUUGCACCGGUGCCGGUGCUCGAGGCGGUGGGCUCAGUGAUGGUCAACAAAUAUUCCGAGGGAUAUCCAGGAGCCCGAUACUAUGGUGGUAACGAGUUCAUUGACCAAGCAGAGACUUUAUGCCAGCGAAGGGCUUUGGAAGCAUGCAGGCUAGAUCCCAAGGACUGGGGCGUCAACGUCCAGUCCCUCAGCGGAUCUCCGGCGAAUUUCCAGGUCUUCACCGCCCUCUGCGACGUCCAUGACCGAAUCAUGGGCUUGGACCUUCCCCAUGGAGGUCACUUGUCCCACGGCUACCAGACAGACACCAAGAAGAUUUCCAUGGUGUCCAAGUACUUUGAGUCCAUUCCCUAUCGCCUCAAUGAAGACACGGGUCUGAUCGACUACGACGAGUGCGAAAAGUUUGCUUUGCGGAUCCGCCCAAAGAUUUUGAUCGCAGGAACCAGCGCUUACUCCAGGCUGAUUGACUACAGUCGAAUGCGUGAGAUUGCUGACAAAUGUGGGGCCUAUCUCUUGGCGGAUAUGGCGCACAUUUCUGGCCUCGUGGUUGCUGGAGCCAUCCCUUCUCCUUUUGAGUAUGCAGAUGUCGUCACGACCACAACGCACAAGUCCCUGCGUGGUCCUCGUGGCGCCAUGAUUUUCUUCAGGAAGGGACAGCGAGGUGUGGAUAAGAAAGGCAAUGCCAUCAUGUACGACUUAGAGGACCGCAUCAACGCCAGCGUCUUCCCGGGGCUUCAAGGUGGUCCUCACAAUCAGAGCAUCACUGCAUUGGCGGUGGCCUUGAGACAAGCAAACUCACCUGAAUUCAAGACCUAUAUUGAGCAGGUGAUCAAGAACUCCAAAGCCUUUGGCGAAUCCUUGCAGAAAUGCAACUUCAAUUUGGUAUCUGGAGGCACCGACAACCAUCUGCUGUUGAUCGACUUGCGCUCCAAGGGCAUCAAUGGCUCCAAAGCCGAAGCCGUUUGUGAGCAGGCUUCCAUCGUGUUGAAUAAGCGCCUGGACAUUUUUUGGGAGUAA